AUGGAAGAGCAACGGGUUCCGGAGACUCGAGUCCAACUCGAUCAGAGACUUUUGUCAGGAAUCCCGACAGGAAAAAAAUCAUCUGACGAAAGUUUCACUAUUAAUUUUGGUGACUUGGAUUCAUUGAAUCACCUCACUCCUGGUGUACACCUGCCAAAUCGAGUUGAAACCACAAAAACCGUUCGCAUCCAGUCAGAAUACUCGACAGAUCCUUCAACAUAUGAGGUUCCCUCAUUUUCAACGAAGUUUGCAGGCGGAUCUCUGCAAUUGCAUCCAGGCUCUACCUCACACAAGUCGAGGAGCUCUUCGUAUGAGGCCCUCGGGCCUAAGGUUACAAGCAGUCGACUCGAGGGUACCUUUCAUUCAACUCCAAAACUUUCGGAGAACAAAUCGUUCGUAUUGUCUUCCUACUCCCCGGUUUUAAACGCAGUAGUACCCAAGAGCCAAAGUACGACCACACGCCCGUCCUCAACCAGUUCAACUAGUCCUCCAUUUCAAAUUGGCACUUCUUUUAAAAUAUCUAAAACGUCAAAGUCGAGUGGUCACAUAAACACCCGUCAGUAUUUGGCUCCGCUUAGACUAUCUACUAAGGAGUCAUCUGAAUUGAGUGAUCUACCAAUAAAGAGCCCUCCUAGCCCAGACGAAGUAACUUGCGACUCGGGCCUAGGCGACCCAUACCUAAACGAGGAGGACAGACUGCGGUCGCAUGUUGCCCAGUUGGAGGGCCGUUUGCAAGUUUAUACCAAGGAAACUGAGACAUGGUUGCGCGAACGAGCGGAACUAUUUACAGAGGCAUCUUCUCUGCGAAAACGCCUUGAAAUUGCCCAGAAAAACUACGAGGAGGUUAAGGAAAAGCAUCAGUUGAAAGUGGGUGAGAUGAAGACUCGAACGGAAUGCGCGGAGGGUGAGUUGCAGCAGCUAAAGAUUAAUUUAUCCCAGAAAUGUCAGGAAACUGGAGAACUAGCCAAGAAACUAACCGCUGCCCAGCAGGAAAUCGCAUCACUAAAGAGUCAGUUAACAGAGGUUCAACAGAAGAGUGCAGCUAAGGACCAGGCUAUUGAGAGCCUAAAGGAAAAGUUAGCGCAGCUUCAUGCUGACGUAGAAUCGUUUCGAUAUGCUCACUCCCAAAUGCUUGAGAGUAAGACCGACCUAAGCGCCGAACUCUCGAGUCUGAAACAAUCACAGGAGUGGUAUAGCGAACAGUUACAACUCACUCAGGCGGCCAGAGAUCGCUUACAAAAUGAACUGCUGGCCACACAAAAAUGGCUAAAUGAGGGUGGCACUUCUGCACAGCACCUAGUUCAAGAAAACGCUCGUCUCGAGACAAAACUUCUAUCCAGCGAAGCGGCCCUUGCUGACGCCAAGCGGAACCUGUCGCGUCAAUUGGAGGCUAUUCGUGCUGACAUUUGGGAACGUGAGUCUGUUUUCGAAAAGCUUGUAGCGGAGCGGAGUUCCCUCGAGUCCUUUUGUCAACAAAAGAGCGCGCAGCUCUCAGACUGUCAGGCCCGUAUUAAAGCCCUGCAGAACAAUCUGGCGGAGGCCGAAAAUGAAUCAUCGAGCCAUAGGACAUCUCUGGAGAACGACAAACUUUCACGUCUUGAUGGCAAAAAUAACGAGCUAACUGAGAGUGUAAACAACCUAUUAGAAGAGAAGGCUACUCUGGAGGCCUCGCUUCGGGCAGCACACAGUGAACGCCUCGAACUGACGUCCUGCUUAAACCAACUGAAGAAUGAUAUGUCAGGCCUUGAUAAUAAAUAUUGUGCUCUACAUCACGAGUUAGAGGCCAAGAACAGUGAACUAAUCUCUCUCCUUUCCUCCCGAGAUGAAUUAACGGGUGAUUUGGAGGUCCUUCAGGCUGGUCUACAGGCCAAGUUGAAUGAACUGGAAGAACUGCGAGUGGAGAAUGAACAUCUCCAAAGCACUUUAGCUUCCUUCAGGGCCGAGAAUGAGGGUCUGCGUGAGGAUAUGCGUCGCUUAUCGGAAGCACUGCAGCAGGCCGAGGCUUCGAUCAAACCAGCCUGUGAAAUGGCAGCACAGAAAGCUAAAGAGCCGCUUUUGGCCGAACUCUCACAGAGCACGGCUGAAGUGGAUCGCCUGAAGGACGACCUCCACAAGGUUAACAUUCAGUUAAAUGAUCUCCUUGCCGAUCAGGAACGACACUGUAUCCUACUUAAGGAACACCAAGGAUUACAAGAAAAGUACGACAGUUUGCUUGCAACUCGUGCAGCUGAGGAUAUGCAGGCCAGUCAAAAUAGCAAUGCUCUUUCACAAAAAUUAAAGGAAGCUGAGGCUGCUUACUCCGAGACUCUGACUGUCAAAACAAGAGAACUUGAUUCACUCACGCAGCAGCUUAACGCGAAGACGGCCGAGGUGCUCCAAAUGUCGGCUCAGCUG